AGAAUGAUUGUUUACUAGGUAAUGAAACAUUCCCAAGAUUCCAUUUUCGCGCAAGCGCGGAAACGGUUAUCGUUUUGCUACGCAAGCAUCGCGGGCCGCUACGUUCUUGAAACAUCUGACAUUUCGCCAGAGAUUUCACCGUUAGUACUUCAUUUUUGCCAUCUUUGACUGAGUAGGAUUGUCAUUUAUGACAUUGGCCCUCGUUGAAUGUGAUAUUUUGGGAGAAACAACCUUGUGUAUUCGUAAAAUCUCGGCAGAAACCUUGGGCCUGAGUUCGUACGAUCGUGUAUUUGACUGGAGUAUCGUGACCCUACUUUGCAUGUUAUUGACAUUUUUUAUGCAAAUCGCGAGGGUGAAGUUGUUUACAUCGCCAAAUCGCACGUGCAACGUUGUGCAGAUGCGGCUGCCGCUCUCAUGUCUCCAACGAAAUCAUGUCGGCGAAGGUAUUGGAAGCUAGCCCGGAAUCGGGCUCCCGAAGUGAUCCAUUUUCGAGUAGCAGUGCUAGUAUUUAUGUGCCAGGAACACUGAAAAAUGCUAGAAUAGGAGGAACAAGUUGUGGGCUGGCGGUCGUGGUAGAGAGCGCGACCAUGGCCACCGAACAUGUUGGGAGUCUGACUGCACGAACUCUCCCGUCACACACGCUGGUCACCGGCGGUGGUGUUGGAGGAGCCGCGGGAGCUGGUCGCAAGCGACAUCACAGCACAUCAAAGUCAGCUGGGCAAAUCAAGAGGAGAAGAAAAACGUAUGAAAGAAAUGGAUCGAAACCAAAAUUUCUUCUUGGAGGUUCUAUCACCGAUCCUUUAAAUUUGAACAGUCUCGAUGACGAAGAGAUUUCCAAAAUUGCGAAUGCAGUCACUCCAGCUUGUUCACCUCUUCCUCAAAUUAAUAAGGACCCUGAUCCAAUCAUUGUUCCGCAAGAUUUCAAAGAUCCUCUGAAAUUGAAUACAGCUGAUGACAACGAAGAAAACUCUCCGCUCACCAAAACUCUGGUGUCCAGAAAAUCAGGAAAGAAGAAGAAAUACCACAAUAGCGGUGACGCAAAGCGUGAUAGCAUUGAAUCAGUGGGAAAUUCUGAUAGAGAUGGGGAAAGCUCUUGUACCAGGCCAUUGUGGCUCGAGUUGCAAAAUAGUAAAACCACAAAACUCGCAAACAAAAUUGUUUCUCCAGUUCUUCCAGACUCGAGAGGACGCAAAAGGAAAGCUAGUCGGACAGAGCCUAGUUCAAGACUGGCGAAAGCUCUGCUUAUUGAUGAUUUACUGCCACAGCCACAGCCAAAAGCAAAGAGCAGUGAACCAGAACUAAAAAGGUCGCGAAAGUCUCCAGAGGUAGUCAACAAGUUUAGGAGACAGCAAAGUCAUGAUUCGAAAACAUCUAAGCACCUGCCUAAAUUCAGAGAACAGGACAAGAAAUUCCAGUACGGCAACUAUGCACGUUACUAUGGUUACCGUACGCCAAACAGUGAUGACAAUCGCAUAGACCUCUUCAAACGUGAAUGGUUUGAAGGCAAAAAGUGUUUAGACAUCGGAUGUAACUCUGGUCAUGUGACACUAGCCGUUGCGAAACUGUUCGAUCCAUCAAGUAUUGUUGGUGUAGACAUUGAUGGAAACUUGAUUGGAGUUGCCAGGAAGAAUGUGAAGCACUGCCUUGAAGAACUGUUCAGGGAGAAGAAAGGCAAAGGACGUGUGAACUUUCCAGUUUCCCUGCAGAAGACGUAUGGACCUUUGGCACCGGCUGCAUCCACUUCAUCACCAGCUGAAAGAGAAAAAUCAUUGUUUCCAGGAAAUGUCUUGUUUAGAUGUGCUAACUUUGUUUUGAAGGACGACUCCUUGUUAGAAACUCAGAAAGAGGAAUACAACACCAUCCUCUGUCUCAGUGUCACUAAAUGGAUUCAUCUGAAUUGGGGAGAUGCGGGCAUCAAACGCUUCUUCAAGCGCAUCUACAGGGCACUUUAUCCUGGUGGUAGACUCAUCCUAGAACCGCAGGCGUGGCAGUCAUAUCAGAAGAAAAGGAAAAUGACGGUAGGUAACGAGGUUCAUGUGAGAGUUAGCUGGAUCAUGAAUUUUGUUUUUGUUCAAGAAUGGUAGAACUGGAAUUUGGGGGUUGUUAAUAUUACAUUUGUCACCAUCAUCACCAACAAUGAUGAUGAUGAUGAUCUUCAUCAUCUUCAUAAUUACCAUCAUCAUUACCAUCACCACCACCUCUACCAUCACCACCAUCAUCACCACCAUUCAUCACCAUCGCCAUCAUCACCACAACCAUCAUCACCAUCAUCAUCACCAUCAUCACCACCAUCAUCAUCAUCAUCACCACCAUCAUCAUCACCACCACCAUCAGUCCAUCACCACCAUCAGUCCAUCACCACCAUCAUCAUCAUCAUCAUUAUCAUCAGUGCCAUUUGUGUAGACUGGUCAUCACCUCCUUAGACACUGAUUCAGAUCUCAUAAAUUUCACAACAUGCAUGAUUUCUCCAUGUUCUUGCUUGAAUUGAUUGGUCUCUAACUUAAAGAUAUCGCCGGUUCUGUGCAGGCGGUCUUAGUUAUUUACAACUUUGCCCCUUGCCCCGAGAUAGUGCUAAAACUUAGCACCAUCUAUGAGCGGGAUUCUGGAAGAAGAACUACAUGUGGUUGCCUUUAAUCUAUGAAAACUCCUCAUCUCUGCAUCCAUCAUCCAUAUUGUGCAUAUGCAAUGUUACAGGUUAAUGAUACAUACUUUUUACUCUGGCAAUCACAUCUCCUUGGCUCUGGGGAGUCUGGGUAAUCUGGGAAUCAUUGUAUGGUUGUCACACUCAUGAAUCUAUAAUUUUUUCCCUGGCAAACAUUUGCUUCAUCAUAGAGAGAACAAUCCAAUGACUUUGUACAUCAUCAUAAACCUCGUAUGGAUCUAAUCAUACUCAUAUAUGUGCAGUGUGCAUAACAAAGGAUUCCCAAUAGAGAUUGUAUUCAUGAAUGUUUGAAUAGUGGAGUUCACACUGUAGUUGAUGUAUA